AUGACCCAUGAUGUUGACGUCCUCAUCAUUGGUGCCGGCAUGUCUGGCAUCGGCCUUGCUAUUCAGCUUGUCAGACAGCACGGCACCCGAAACUUCGAGCUGAUUGAGAAAUCUGACCAUGUUGGUGGAACUUGGUGGUUGAACUCAUACCCUGGAUGCGGAUGUGAUGUUCCUUCUCACUUCUUCUCUUAUUCGUUCGCUUUGAAUCCGAAUUGGUCACAGAAGUUCGCCAUGCAGCCCGAGAUUUACGCCUACUUCAAGGACGUCGCCCGAAAGUAUGACAUUGAUAACCACGUCCGAUUUCAAUCUGUGGUUGAAUCGGCAGUCUGGGAGGAUGACUCCGGCACAUGGCUGGUGACUAUCCGAGACUUGAAGACAACCAGAGUCACCCAACGUCGAUGUAAGAUCCUGAUCUCCGCAGUCGGCGCUCUCUCAAUCCCGAAGAAGUGUGAGAUCCCUGGUGCGUCCAAGUACCAAGGUCGCAUGUUUCAUACUGCUGAGUGGGAUCACUCCUUCGACUGGAAGAACAAAGAGGUGGUAGUUAUCGGAAAUGGGUGUAGCGCGACCCAAUUCGUUCCCAUCAUUAGCGGAGGUGAUGGAGCAGUCAAGACGGUUACGCAGUUCAGUCGACAAGCACACUGGCUUGCCGAAAGGCCAAACCCGGAAUACUCUGCUUCGUUUAAGUGGAUGAUGAGAUGGGUUCCAUUCGCCAUGCGAAUCUAUCGUGCAAGCUUGUACUGGGAGAAAGAACGAGAUUUCCGGGGCUUCCGUGUCACAUCUGGAGCCGAUAUUCGUAAGAAUUGGUCAACCGAGGCUGCUGACUACAUCCGCAAGAAUGCACCCAAGAAGUAUCUGGACUUUCUUGUGCCAAAGUCGGAAGUUGGGUGCAAGCGUCGCGUCAACGAUACCGACUACUUGCUGAGCCUUCACCGCGACAAUGUCGAUUUGAUAUACACCGACCCGGCCGAGGAGGUUUUGGAGAAUGGCGUGCGCACAAAGUCUGGGCGGGUUGUUAAUGCAGAUGCCAUCAUCCUCGCAAACGGAUUCGAGACGCAAAAGUUCCUCUCCCCGAUGAACAUCCAGGGCAAGGAUGGAGUCGACUUGAGCGACCAUUGGGAUGAAGUGAGUGAAGGAGCCUCAUCUGCUUAUUUCGGAACAUGCGUUUCAGGGUUUCCCAAUUUCUUUGUCAUGAUGGGCCCAAACACAUUGAGCGGCCAUCUCUCCGUCAUAUACACCACCGAGUGCCAGAUCAAUUUCACCAUGCGCGUCAUCAACCCGGUGAUGAAGGCUCUCCGCAACAGCAGGUCCAUCCUGCCCACUAUCCGCAGCGCCCCGGAUAUCGUCGACGUCAAGGCAGAUGCUGAACAGAGAGACAUUGCGACCGUCCAAGAGAAGGCCAAGGAACUGGUUUGGGCAACAGGUUGUACUUCCUGGUUUAUUGAGACAACCACAGGCAGGAAUACCAUCAUGUACCCCGAUUGGCAGUAUCGGUUCUGGCUUCGGAGUGUCUUUAUCGCUUCGAACGACUUUGCUUACAGAAAGUCAAAGCACGCCGUCGUAGCUGGUAAACAAGGUCCGGAAUCAAUUAUGAGGGGCUGGUGUCGUUAG